UUGUCAUGGUUCAUCUCGCCGCUGAUCGCCGGUUUUUUCGCCUCAUCGUUCUAUCUGAUCAUCAAGUACUCAGUCCUACUUCGAAAAGACACAUUCAAAUGGGCUCUGAUCAUGUGUCCGAUAUUUAUGUGUUUCACUGUCACUGUUAAUCUCUUCGCAUGCAUUUUCGACGGAUCCAAAUAUCUUGGAUUUGAUCGCCUGUCGUGGUGGCAAGCAGGUCUUAUUUCGCUUGCCACUGGAGCCGUUGCAAUGUUCCUUCUAUCGUGUCCUUUGAGGUCUUGGCUCAGCAACCGUGCCCAUCGACUCUUUAACGAGGAAGUGGCGAAGCAUCAACGGAAACUGGAGCAGGGCAAAAUCAAGCAAACAAAAGUGAAGGACAUGCACAUCCCGAUUGUGGACAUGGAUAAAAUCAAGAAUCUCCCAUGGUACAAAUAUCUUUACACAGCCGUUCCUGAAGAGCGACUUACAACUAAGGUUGGUCUUCAAUGCGCUCCAGAUCGUCUCCUCUUCGUGUUGUCCUUUUCCCACGGUGCCAACGACACCGCUAACACUGUCGGGCCACUUUUGGCUGUCUGGAUGACGUACCAAACUGGAUAUGCAUUCGGUGCUGCUGAGACCAGGGACGACUCGCAGGUACUGCUGGCCUUCGGAGCUGUGGCGAUGAUCGUCGGUUUUCUAUCCCUUGGACACCGAACCAUAAAGCUCAUCGCCCAGGAGAUCACCGUCGAUAUGAGCCCGAUUUCUGGGUUCGCCAUCGAACUCGGCACCGCGUUCACGGUGUUGGUUUGUGUGAAAAUUGGUAUCCCGAUCUCUUCCACUCAUUGCGCUGUUGGAGCAGUUUUGUUUGUGGGCCUGACAAAAUCGACAAGCGAAGGUGUCUCGUUCAAGACAUUCCGGAAAAUUGUCAUUGUCUGGUUGCUCUGUUUCCCAGUAGCAGCACUCAUCUCACUUAUUGUCACUAUGAUACUGGUUAGGUUUGUCUAA